AUGGCACGAACCCGCAGCGUCUCGCCGCCUGGCGACAUUCCGUUUGGCCAUUCUGCAACCUCGCCGCCUCCGCUGCCGCUUUCGAAGCGCGACAAACGCCGGACCAUGCUGUCGGAAAAGCUCAACGACAUGGUCACCUCCUUCUCUGAGAACCGUGACCAGCACUAUCGCGCGCAGAUUCAGGCAGUGCAGACUGACAUGGCCCUGAUCAUGCGUGCCGACCCAUACCAGAAUAAGCCGCUAGACGACACCGGGGACGAGGUGGCCGAUGCCAUUCAAGGCACAACCGGCUCCCAGCCGCCCCAUCCCGGAACUGCCACGGGCGACUACGUCGCCCAGGUUGGUCGCUUCUACAGCAAGUUCGUCAACGAUGCAAAUGACGCCCUCGAAUCGCGCGAUAUCGCCUUGACCAUGCUCUGGAGCAAGUAUCAGGCCAGCAUGCGCGAACUCGACCAGUCCCACCAGUACAAAGUCAGGCUCGCUCAAGAGGAGCACCGCCACCUCGCCAACACACUUCGGGAACGCCUGGUCGCAAGCGUCAAGCAGCGGCAAGCGAGACUGCUGAAGGAAAAGGAACAGCUGGAUAUCGCCGACAGCAACGCCCUGCUGCUGCACCCCAAUCAGUUCAGCAUCACAAACCCUGCUUCUCCCGGAGGCCCCGCUAGCAACCGCAAGACUCGGCAUACCCGCCAUCGUGUUGGCGAUCCAGACGACAUGGUUGGUACUGUCUUGGCAACCGAAAAGUCGCGCAAGAGGAAGGCUGCCUUUGAGGACGCUGAUAGUGGUUCGCCGGGUCCGUCCGGACGCAAUCCUGACCUGGGCUUCGCAUCGCCAUUCCGCGAUGCGAAGGCAAAGACGAUGCACACGCAAUUCGACGCUCCAGCUUAUUCGAUCGACCGCCUGUUCACGGACAAGGAACUCGCCAUGACCAUGAACACGGCAGCGGUUGCUACGACGCACUUCUUCAACAAGCUCAGGGUGCAGGAGCAGAACAAUCAAAACGGCUCGGCCAACGGCGCGAAUGGCGCCCACCAUGGCGGCACUGACGGCGGCGACGACUCAGGCACUGCUACGGCAAACGAGGGCGAGGCCGAGGGAGACGAAGACGUCGCGACGCCUGCUCCCCCCGAAAUGGAGCGUACGCAAUCGCACCAUGCAACUCGUGGAUCCACACGCAACAACCCUCUGGCAGAUCUUGCCCUGGCCGCCGAACGGACUGGCACUCUCCCGUUUGCCAGUGUUGCUCCUGUAAUUCUGCCAGCCAACGUUGGCAGCAAGGCAAAUGCAUCAGCGCCGACGCCUCCAGGCCUUUCAAAUUCAGAGGUUGACAGCGACUUUGUCAUCAUGGCUCGACCCUCUGACGGCAACGACGAAAUCAAUGAGAAGCUUCUGCACACAGCCUGUGGCCCUCUCCAGGCCAGAGAGUACCAGUAUCAGCCAAGCAACAUGCGCAACGAUCACACGAUAAAUGGCAUCAGCACGCUUGCGCCGCACAUGGACCUUAGCGGCGUGUCUAUCAGCGCGGCAAACAGCGACAGCGGCAUGGGCGGCGUGCCGAUGAGUAGGCACGGUAAUGGGAGCUCAAUAGGCGGCGUCGGGAUGCGACGAACUGGCAGCAGUAUGGGGAGGGGCAAAGGUCGUGCAGCUUGA